UGGCUCUGAUGCAUCGUUACGUUCAAUUUUAUUGCCACAUAAUUCCCCCUCCCCAAUAUCCAACUUUCACUCAGACCCGGGUCCCAAUUUUGUGUGUCAGUCGAAUAUCGCUGCAUUUCCUCAAUAGUUUCCCUCUCUUCUGCAGCGAUUCGCUCCAACAAAGGUCAGUUUUGACCUCCCUACGCCAUACCGUAUUGAACCCAUCUCCGAUUUUUCUAAUCAUAAAUAAAGUCAUCUUUAGUUGUUUGCUUAAUCUGAUUACUCAUCUAGUUCUUUAAAUCAGCAUUGGUUUUCACUGGGAUUUGGUUCAAGGCAGAUUUUUCUUUGGUUGGUAAAUUCUAGCUUUGUUUGCCUGUAUUGGAGUGAUAGAUUAAAUAAGUCAAGUACAUCACCAUGUCACGCAAGGCACUAGACUAUGACUCGAUUAAUGAAAACGUGAAAAAAGCUCAGUAUGCUGUCAGAGGAGAACUAUAUCUGCGAGCUUCUGAGCUUCAGAAGGAAGGAAAAAGGAUUAUUUUCACAAAUGUUGGGAAUCCCCAUGCUCUUGGACAGAAGCCAUUGACUUUUCCACGUCAGGUUGUCGCUCUUUGCCAAGCUCCCUUUCUGUUAGAAGAUCCCAAUGUAGGAUUAAUAUUUCCUGCUGAUGCUAUUGCAAGAGCCAAACAUUACCUCUCACUGAUUCCAGGAGGCCUAGGUGCUUACAGCGAUUCCCGAGGAAUUCCUGCAAUUAGGAAGGAAGUAGCAGACUUUAUAGGAAGGCGAGAUGGCUAUCCAAGCGAUCCAGAACUCAUAUACCUCACUGAUGGUGCUAGUAAAGGUGUUAUGCAGAUUUUGAAUACUAUUAUCCGCGGUGCAGGGGAUGGGAUUCUGGUCCCGGUUCCACAAUACCCUCUUUACUCAGCCGCAAUUGCACUGUUCGGGGGUUCCCUUGUUCCGUACUACCUAGAAGAGACUGCAAAUUGGGGUCUAGAUGUUAACGACCUUCGCCAAUCCGUUGCUCAGGCUCGCUCCAAGGGAAUUACUGUAAGAGCUAUGGUGAUCAUAAAUCCUGGGAACCCAACUGGUCAAUGCCUUAGUGAAGCAAAUCUGAGAGAGAUACUAAACUUCUGUUUCAAAGAAAACUUGGUUUUGCUCGGAGAUGAGGUUUAUCAGCAAAAUGUAUACCAAGAUGAACGCCCCUUCAUUAGUUCUAGAAAGGUAUUACUGGAUAUGGGCCCACCCAUCAGCAAGGAACUGCAACUUAUUUCUUUCCAUACUGUGUCAAAAGGAUAUUGGGGAGAAUGUGGACAGCGAGGUGGAUACUUUGAGAUGACCAACAUUCCUCCAAGGACGGUCGAUGAAAUUUAUAAGGUUGCAUCUAUAUCACUCAGCCCAAACGUUCCUGCUCAGAUAUUUAUGGGGUUGAUGGUCAACCCACCUAAGCCUGGUGACAUUUCAUAUGAUCAGUUUAUUAGGGAAAGCAAGGGGAUCCUUGAAUCUCUGAGGAGAAGAGCAAGAAUAAUGACUGAUGGAUUCAAUAGCUGCAGAAAUGUGAUCUGCAAUUUCACAGAAGGUGCCAUGUAUUCUUUCCCACAAAUUCGCCUCCCGCCGAAAGCCAUUGAGGCUGCUAAAAAGUUAGGAAAAGUGCCUGAUGUUUUCUACUGUCUCAAGCUCUUGGAAGCCACUGGAAUCUCCACUGUUCCAGGUUCAGGCUUUGGGCAGAAAGAAGGGGUGUUCCAUUUGAGGACAACCAUCUUGCCUGCUGAGGAAGACAUGCCUGAAAUCAUGGCAAGUUUCAAGAAGUUCAACGAUUCGUUCAUGGAGGAAUAUGAAGACCAUAGGGGUUAUUCAAGAAUGUGAUCAGGCGGCUUCCAUGUGUCGAUUCGAAUUCACGAUAUAAUUACUGUAAAGCUUUGGCAAGCAUACAUAUCUAACCUUAUUAUAAGAACUCUAUUGUUAUAUAUUGGAUUGGAUGUCAUCUUUUACUCUCUUUA